CUUCCUCAAAAAAAUAAAAUAAAAUAAAAAUUUAAAAAAUAGUCAAAAAUCUCAAAAUUGAACUCAAGUAGACAUAGCACAAAUUUAGUAAAUGUCUCUUCUGUCAUAGCCAUGUGUUUUGACAUCCUGCAGGUGCCUCAAUGUGGGUCCUCAGGCGAGUCCCAGCAGCCCUCUGGGCCUCAGCUUUCACCAAGAGAAAACGAAAGAGUGGGUCAGUCUGAUUUCUAAUGUCUUUUCAUUUCUAACACUGUGUAAACUGCAUGGUUCACGCCCAGUGCAUAUGUACUUUGUGGUAAAAUCAUAUCGAGGGCUUUAUUUUCUAUCCAUGGUUAGAUUCUGACAAACUUCAAAGUCAAUAAAAUAUGUGUUGUGUGUUUAAGGCUUAAACAGAAACCACCUGUCUUCCGGUGUCUUGGAAAGACAACUAGAGACAGAGUUUGCUUUUGUUAUCAGUUACUCAUGCUCCCAGCAGACCCAGGCUUCCCCUGACAGUGGCAGUUUUAUCAUGACACCAGGAGAAAGGUACAACUUAUUUAAUUUCCAGACUUUUCUUCCUAGGAACAUGUGGGCACUGGAGCUGGAGUGAAAGUGUAGCGAUGCAAAGUAGGUCGAUGUUUCUUUAUAAAUGGAGGUCAAAAAAAUGAGAAUUGACAGUAACGAUAUGGAGAUGGGACCUGGGGUUGGGUCCCUCUGGAAUCACAAAUAUUGUUUUCAAGUUGUUGUUAACAAGGAAGGAGAUGUGGUAACAUUAACACUUUUCUUCCUGAGAAGGAGGUGCUAAUGUGGUAGGUAUCAAUUUGGAGUCACUGAAGAUGAGGAAGACUGAGAAACCUUUCUUUGUUAGGUGAAAUGAAAGAACUGUAAGAAAGGAGCAUCCCAUCGCUGAUCCUAAGUGCUUGAUCCUAUUAUAAUGUGGGGUUAGGGACGUGGGCUUCUGGAAUCAGGAACCUGGAUUCAGUCUGGCUCAGCCACUAAAAAGCUUUAGGAAUCUGUGCAAGCUAUUUACCUUUGCAAGCCGCAGUGGCCUCAUCUAUAAACUGGAGAGGAGGCUGUAGGGUUGUGGCGAGGAUUUGAAGAGACAGUGAACCCAGUGCCCACGGUAAACACUCAAGGAAUCGAUAGCUAUUCUUAUUACCACACCGCUCUACCUCACAUGCCGGCGUCUUCUGGACCAGCCUCUUCUAGUCACCAUUUUUGCUCCAAAAAUUCAUCUAUUUAAAUUUUCUGAAAGCAUUUGUGGUUUUGUUUCUUUUCUUCUCCUUCUCCUCUUCCUGAUCUUUCCUCCUUUUUUCUCAUCCCUCUUCUCAGAGCAGGUAGGAACGGGUAGUGGCCAUAUGCCAAACUCUUCUUGAAAGAAGAUGCCUCCUCAUUAGCCAUGUGCCAUCUGAAGUUGGGGAUCUGGGAAUUAUCCUUCAGUGAUUACAAACUAGACAAAGAGAGUGAUCGUCUUGUUUUCCCCGCCACCUCCUCCCCAGGCAGGGCUGCUGCCUGCUCAGGGCCACAGCAUCAGCUGGGGCACGCCUGGUGCUCAGAGUGCAGCUGCAGCAGGCAGAGUUGAGGAAGCUCCAUUUUAUUCUUUGAGAAGGGCAACUCCCAGUGGGUUGGGACACACUGGAGUAUCUAGAAUAAGUACCGAGCUGCUAUACCCUAGCUGUACACUGCUACACACUGGCAGGGGAGGUUUUCUCCCAGAUAGAGUUCAGGCUGCCACUGGGCCUGCCCUCCUCCCGUGUCUAUUAAACAUUUUUCCCAUCCGUCAGAGUCCACUUCAAGUAUCACUUCCUCCGUGAGGGCCUUCCUUGGUCCCUCCUCUGACUCCCUUUCCUUCUCAGCUCACAGCAUGUGCUUGCAGCAGAGACAUGCGUCUUCAAGUCUCCUUGACUAAUCCAGUGAUGUAUUCCAGGACCUCUUCAGGAUUGAAAAAACGUACAAGGAAGGCCUUUGGAAUACGGAAGAAAGAAAAGGACACUGAUUCCACAGGUUCACCAGACAGAGAUGGAAUUCAGGGGAAAAAAAAGACCCAGAAGACCCAGCUUCUUCUCACCUCUUGCUUCUGGCUCAGAGCCCUCUCGUUAACCCUGUUUCAGAAGAAAAGCAAUGGGGCACCAAAUGGAUUUUAUGCGGAAAUUGAUUGGGAAAGAUAUAACUCGCCUGAGCUGGAUGAAGAAGGCUACAGCAUCAGACCUGAGGAACCCGGAUCUACCAAAGGAAAGCACUUUUAUUCUUCGAGCGAGUCGGAAGAAGAAGAAGAAUCACACAAGAAAUUUAAUAUCAAGAUUAAGCCACUGCAGUCUAAAGACAUUCUGAAGCACGCUGCCACUGUGGAUGAGCUGAAGGCAUCGAUAGGCAGCAUCGCCCUUUCCCCAUCGCCAGUGAGGAAAAGUCCGAGGCGCAGCCCGGGUGCAAUUAAAAGGAACUUAUCCAGUGAAGAAGUAGCAAGACCCAGGCGUUCCACACUGACUCCAGAACUUAUAAGCAAAAAGCCUCCAGAUGACACUGUGGCCCUCGCUCCCCUGUUUGGCCCACCAUUAGAAUCAGCUUUUGAUGAACAGAAGACGGAAGUUAUUUUAGAUCAGCCUGAGAUAUGGGGUUCAGGCCAGCCAAUUAAUCCAAGCGUCGAGUCGCCAAAGUUAACAAGACCUUUUCCCACUGGAACACCUCCACCACUGCCUCCAAAAAAUGUACCAGCCACCCCACCCCGAACAGGCUCCCCCUUAACAGUUGGACCAGGAAGUGACCAGUCAGCCACAGAGGUCAAAAUUGAAAAGCUACCAUCAAUCAAUGACUUGGACAGCAUUUUUGGUCCAGUGUUGUCUCCCAAGUCUGUUGCUGUUAAUGCCGAAGAAAAGUGGGUCCAUUUUUCUGAUACGUCCCCGGAACAUGUUACUCCAGAGUUGAGUCCAAGAGAAAAGGUGGUGUCCCCACCAGCUGCAUCAGACAACCCAGCUGACUCCCCUGCUCCGGGCUCCCCAGGCCCCCCGGGCCCCCCAGGGCCUCCUGGGCCUCCUCGCAGUGUACCAUCACCGCUCAAUUUAGAAGAAGUCCAGAAGAAAGUCACUGAGCAGACCUGCAUUAAAGAUGAUUACUUAGAAACAAUCUCAUCUCCUAAAGAUUUUGGGUUGGGACAGAGAGCAACUCCACCUCCCCCACCACCACCCACCUACAGGACUGUGGUUUCGUCCCCCGGACCUGGCUCGGGCAGUGGUACGGGGACCGCCAGCGGUGCAUCAUCCCCCGCCCGGCCAGCCACUCCGUUGGUUCCUUGCAGCAGCACCACCCCUCCUCCGCCUCCUCCCCGGCCUCCCUCUCGGCCGAAGCUGCCCCCAGGGAAGCCUGGAGUCGGAGACGUGCCCAGACCGUUCAGCCCUCCCAGACAUUCUUCCAGCCCUCCUCCGAUAGCACCCCUAGCCCGGGCCGAAAGCACGUCUUCAAUAUCAUCCACCAAUUCCUUGAGCGCAGCCACCACUCCCACAGUUGAGAAUGAGCAGCCUUCCCUCGUUUGGUUUGACAGAGGAAAGUUUUAUUUGACUUUUGAAGGUUCUUCCAGAGGACCCAGCCCCCUUACCAUGGGCGCCCAGGACACCCUGCCCGUUGCAGCAGCAUUUACAGAAACGGUCAACGCCUACUUCAAAGGAGCAGAUCCAAGCAAAUGUAUUGUGAAGAUUACCGGAGAAAUGGUGUUGUCCUUUCCUGCCGGCAUCACCAGACACUUUGCCAACAACCCAUCGCCAGCGGCUCUGACUUUCCGGGUGAUAAAUUUCAGCAGGUUAGAACACGUCCUGCCAAAUCCCCAACUUCUCUGCUGCGAUAAUACCCAAAAUGAUGCCAAUACCAAGGAAUUCUGGGUAAACAUGCCAAAUUUGAUGACUCACCUAAAGAAAGUGUCGGAACAGAAACCCCAGGCUACAUAUUAUAAUGUGGACAUGCUCAAGUAUCAGGUGUCUGCCCAGGGCAUUCAGUCCACGCCUCUGAACCUGGCGGUGAACUGGCGCUGUGAGCCGUCAAGCACUGACCUGCGCAUAGAUUACAAAUACAACACAGAUGCCAUGACCACCGCCGUGGCCCUCAACAACGUGCAGUUCCUGGUCCCCAUCGAUGGAGGCGUCACCAAGCUGCAGGCCGUUCUCCCCCCAGCAGUCUGGAAUGCUGAACAACAAAGAAUAUUGUGGAAGAUUCCCGAUAUUUCCCAAAAGUCAGAAAAUGGAGGGGUGGGUUCCUUAUUGGCAAGAUUUCAGUUGUCUGAAGGCCCAAGCAAAGCUUCCCCAUUGGUUGUGCAGUUCACAAGUGAAGGAAGCACGCUUUCUGGCUGCGACAUUGAACUUGUUGGAGCAGGAUAUCGAUUUUCACUCAUCAAGAAAAGGUUUGCUGCGGGAAAAUACUUGGCAGAUAACUGAUAAAACCUUAUGCAAGGAUUGGAGGAUUCGUAUAAUGGAGAACUGUUGUAUGAGAAACAGGUUUUCAUUUUGGCUUGAUGAAAACAAACCAAAAUCUGCACUUGGGGUAUAUCUGCUGGAAACAUCGGUGACUUUCGGCAAUGAUUUCCCUCACACGCUACCUUGAUGACCAGUCCUACAGUAUUUACUUCUAGGUGUAAUAUUGUUAAUGGUUUUAAAAUGUAAUUAUUGUAUUUGUAAAUUGUACUCAUUUCAGUAAGGCAUUUAGACACUCGAGUUUUAGCAUUUUACCAUUCCUGAAAUGGAUGUAAUUUAAACUGUGGUAUGUAAAUUUAACAGUAGCAUUGUUGAAAGGCACAAUGCUUACAGAGGUAGAUUGCAUUUUGUCAAUGUAUAAAAUUUAAAUAUAAUAUGGAUAGCUGUCCUAAAGGGGGUGCCACAUACAAAGAAAAUUAAGUGGAACCAGAAAGAAAAAGACUUCCUUUUCUUCAGUCCUUAGUAAGUUUUACUCUACUGCUAAAUAAAAAUUCUAUCUUCAGAUGUUUAGUGGGUUAAAUUCAGAAACUAUUUCAGAAAAAAAAAUUCUAAGGUUACAGCAUAUUCAAAGAAAAGCAUUAAUUAUCACUUUUUAAAAAGCUUUUUUUUCAAACUGCAAAUUUCAUAAAAAUGCAAACUGUGUAAACAAGGCCUCUUAUUUUUAUAACUUGUGUAAAAAGGGAAAGCAAUUCAUAUUUAAAGUUUAAGUAUAUGAAAUUAUAAUCAAGAGUAAGGAAGAUAUUGAAGUCUUAAUUACUUCCUCCUCUCUCUACAGUUUGGCAAUUGUGGAGAUUGCUGAAUAAUUAGUCAGAUUGAAACCAAAAUUGUGAUUUUACAGUAAAUUUCAAGACUUUCCGUAGUUGAACUGGUUAACAACUUUUGCACAAUUACUCUAAACAGAGAGUCUCUCCCAUCUAGCAUGGAGAAUGGUACCACAUAUCUUCUUUACCCAUAGAAAUCAAAACAUUGAGACUGAACACCUCAGAAAAAAACCUUUUAGUCCCCUGUUUAAAUCCAGAAGGAGGAUUUUAAUCGUCAUCAUUUACGUCAUUUGGGAAGGAAAAAAUAAGCUUUAUAAAUGAAAUUCUAUCCACAUUAUUGUGCAAUAAAUUUCCUUUUAGAUAUGAUUCAUCGUAUGUAACUAUAAAUCUUUGCCAUUCUUGGGGAAUCCAAAAAAGAGUCAUCAGAAAUUUAUGUCGUGAUUUCAUUGUCACAAGGUAUAAUAAAAACUGUAAUUACUCAGUCUGGCCUUAUAAUAUGGGAAUUCAGAAUGGAGAAGCCCAUUUCUUCAGGGGUCCCAGUUGGAAAACCUUCCUCUGUUAGGAUCUGAAAACAGGAAUCUUCUUUUAAGUUAUAGAAUUUAUUUUAAACAUAAACCAAUUACUGUUGCAGGUUAUACUAUUAAAUAACUGUAAUUAUUAGGUUGUUUCGUUUAUCAUUAGUUGCUAAAUUUUAUUUUACACUCACUCAUAUUUGACAAAGAAUCUGUAGCCCCUUUAAAUUUUAGAAUCAAAUUAAAUUCUGUAGGUCUUACUUUUAAAAUGAGAUUGUGAUUGGCAGUUGUUUAUAGUGGCACUUUAAAAUUAAUAUUUGUACUGCUCAAUCAGUGCUUGCAACCAAGAGAAGGUUCAAAAUGAUCUGUUUGACCUUAGAAGAAUUCUUACUAUUCAAACUCACUUGGCUCCCCAAGCAGUCUGGUGUUGAAGUACUUUGAACAAAUAAUUAAUAUACUCAUUUUAAGUAAAGAUAUUCAAUUUGAUUUUGAAACCAAAAUAGAAAAUGCAAACUUUUAAAUCCCAUGAAACACAGGGAAAUUUAUUUCAAACACUGAAACCAGUGGAGAGGAAGCAGCAGAAAAUUGAGAAUUGUCCAUCAUAUGAAAAUAAAUUGUGUUUUUAAGUAAACAAUUCGUGAAAAAACAUGUUGACUAUUAACACAACGUAUAUUAAAAAUGUGUAAAUAUUA